CGUGCGGAUAAUCUUCGUCGUGAGCGCUCCUACCCCGACGAGGAAAUCCGAGAUGAAUGCCCUGCUAUUCAUUCCUCAACCAUGCCACCUUGCCGUAAUGCCAUGCCAUUCGCCUCUGCAUGCUCUCCUCUCGCGACCCCAGUAGCGACAACCUUCCCUUUCCCUUCACCAAUCCUCACGCCAAUCCCUCAUCCAUUCCUCAAGUCGUAUACCGCUCGCACAAUAUCCCAUUAUCCCCUUUCACUCCCUCCGAAACCACUUUGUCAAAAACCCAAAACUUGCAAGCGGCAGCGCAACCCCGUUGACUUCAACCCACGCCACACCUCCCUCAUCCGCACCACCGCCGCCACCAUUCUCAUCUACCCUCCUGCUCGUCGCGCCUGCGCUGCCGCCACCGUGUCCGCCAUGCGUUGUAUUGCUGC